AGCGAGCUGCUCUCUCCGACUUUAUCCCAGUCCGUUCACGUUCACUGCCGCUGUUCACUGCAAUGGCUGCCCAGGCGACCUUCAAGUCCAUCAAGUCCUUGGUUCCCUUGCUCGACCGCGUCUUGGUUCAGCGGUUCAAGCCGGAAACCAAAACUGCGACUGGCAUCUUCCUGCCCAGCUCCGUGACGAACAGCCCGUUGAACGAGGGCACGGUCAUCGCGACUGGUCCCGGCGCGCCGACGAAGGAGGGCAAGGUUGUGCCGUGCAACGUGAAGGCGGGCGACCGGGUGCUCUUGCCGAGCUGGGGUGGUAACGCGAUCAAGGUCGGCGAGGAGGAGUACUACCUCUUCAAGGACAAUGAGAUCCUUGCGAAGAUCCAGGAGUAAGGGGUGUGUGCGUUCGUGGUGUCGGGCGUGGCAAAAUUAGGCAUCUAUUCCACUGCAUUAUCAUCUAUUUACUUAAUCGCAUUCGCUGUUUUCAUUGUACUGCAUCACAUAACACCCCCACUCGUCAUUU